UUUACUAAUUUCUGUAAACAUUAAACAAAACCAAAUCAAUACUCUAUUUAGUGCUCAUGUAUUUGAACAGAUGGCGUUGGUGUAUAUGGUGAUCACCUUAUAAAAUAUUUUUUUUUUGACAACAAUAAAAUAUUUAAUUUGGAAACCAAAAUGUUGUCAAAUUAUAUAACACCAGCAUUAAUGUGCUUUUAUAAAGUUCAGUUUUGAUGCUUAGAUCUUGCAAUAAAAGAUAUAUAAGUCAGAGGCAUUAAUUCCAAUCCAUUUCCAUGGAAAAACCUUAUUCAUAUAUCACAUGCUUUCUAUACUCUUUUUCCCUUUAUGAUCUUUCUCUACUUGCUUAUUUUUUUGUAUAUAUGAAUGAAUGCUUGUUUAGUAAGUUAAAUACUGAAACCUUCAUUUUUGCUAACAAAAACAAAACUUGAAGUGUGAGAGAGGAGACUAUUGUUGGGAUUCUUCAAUCUUCACAAUAAGAAGGAACUGCGGUAAUCAAGUUUACAGAACCAAUAAUCCAAGACAAAUUUUUGUGAAACGUUUGUGGUUUUGUAAUCUCUUCACCAUGGCAAUGAAAAUGAAGGGCAUCUACAAAGGCUUCAAACGCAUCUCUCAAAUAUUUGCCAUGGAGAAAGAGAGGGACGAAAUAAAAAUUGGGUAUCCAACAGAUGUAAAACAUAUGGCUCAUAUUGGAUUGGAGGGUUCCUCUAGCAGUGGUCCUGGUUGGAUGAGUGAGUUUAAGAUCGGAGCUGAUCAGGCUUUAUCUCCAAGAGCCUCAUCUUUUAGUAGUGCAAGACCUUCUUCUUCUUUUUUCACUUCUUCUUCCACUGGUAAAUUUGAUCUAGGAUCGAGUCGACGAACAAUAUGUGAUACGCCAAGAGAUAUACCUCCAGUUACUCCAUUAAAUUUACCAAAAAAUAACAACAAGAAAAGUAGAAGAAAGAAGUCGGCUUCAUCAUCAUUAUCUCCAAAAUCUUCAAGAUCAUCUAUUUUAUCUAAAUCUUCGUACAAAUCAACUGUAUCUCGACUAAUCUAAAACAUAUCAUAAUAGGGGCUAGAGAAAAAAAAAUCAAAGUUCGAUCGCCAGUUUGUGCAUACUUCAGGGUUUUUCUGAUUUGUUUUCCGAUAUGUGUAGUAGACAUGUUGUAGUGUUUAGAGUUUGCAUUUUUAUGAAAAUAAAAAGAAAAUAGGAAAGAAAAAGCAAGGGAUUUUGUGUGACAUGGUGGUGACUUGUGUUGUCGUAAUACUUUUUCUUUUCUUUUUUGGUAAAAAGUGUUAAAAUUCAUUUACCAUUUUGAAGCCCAUCGCAUAAGGAUAGAUAUUGACGCACACAAAACUCCAAACUGGGAAGGCAAUUAACACAGAGACACAAAAACCAUAGGAAGCAUAGCUGAAGCAUUUGAUUGGAGAAACAGAGCCAAUCUAGCUGGGGUAGCCUUGACAGUUGACCCGACUAUCUUGACUCGACUCUCUACAGACAAAAACG